AUGGUUGACAAAGAAAAUAAGGUAGUCUCUGUCGAGCUGAGUGAAAAAGAAGGCUUGGAGAACAAUGGGUUUGUUCAAAAUGAGGAGCUGGAUGAAAAGCUGACCGAUGCCAUUAGCCAAGCCCAAGACGGGUUGCCAAAGCCGUGUACUCUUAGCAUAGAGUCAGGAACUGCAGAAGAGUUAACUGUGCACCCUUAUGCAGGAAUGCCCAAAGAAGUCCUCCUUCAGUUCUCAUCUCAGGCACGCUACAGAAUUACCAGAGAGAUACUUUUUUGGUUGAUUGUUGCAUCCUCACUGGUGCUUGUAGCAGCUACGGCUGCGAUCAUCGCCAUGUCGCCCAAAUGCCUUGGCUGGUGGCAAGUCAGCCCUAUUUACCAGAUUUACCCUCGGUCGUUUAAGGACACCAACAGUGAUGGGAAUGGCGAUCUCAAAGGUAUCCUGGAAAAAUUGGAUCAUGUCCAAUAUCUAAAUGUGAAAACAAUCUGGAUCACAUCUUUUUACAAGUCUGCCUUAAAAGACUUUGGAUAUGGAAUAGAAGAUUUUCAAGACAUAGACCCGAUGUUUGGAACGAUGAAGGAUUUUGAAAAUCUGGUUGCAGCAAUCCAUGAUAAAGGUUUAAAAGUGAUAAUGGAUCUAAUACCUAACCACACAAGUGACAAGCACAAGUGGUUUCAGCUUAGUCGCAAUCGGACUGGAAAAUACACAGAUUAUUACAUCUGGCACGACUGUGUGUAUGCCAGCAGCAGCACUACACCGCCAAAUAACUGGGUGAGCAUAUUGGGAAAUUCCAGUUGGCAGUAUGAUGAUGUGAGAAACCAGUGUUAUUUUCAUCAAUUUGGAAAAGAGCAGCCAGAUUUAAAUUUUCGUAACCCAAAUGUUGAAGAAGAAAUUCAUGAUAUUAUCAGAUUUUGGCUUGGCAAAGGCAUUGAUGGAUUUAGCAUUAGUACCGUUAAAUUCCUUCUAGAAGCAACACAUCUGAGAGAUGAGCCUCAAGUGAAUAAAUCCCAAAAUCCGGAUAGCAUCACAGCCUAUUCUGAACUGUAUCACGACUAUACCACCACCCAGGUUGGCAUGCACGAUAUAGUGCGCAGUUUUCGGCACACCAUGGAUAAGUUUAGCAGCGAGCCUGGUAGAUACAGAUUUAUGGGCACAGAGGCAAAUGACCACGACAACAUUGAGAGAACCAUGAUGUAUUAUGGGACAUCUUUUAUUCAAGAAGCAGAUUUCCCCUUUAACCUAUACCUCAUGAACAUGAAAGAAAUCUCAGGAAAUGGUAUUUUUGAAGUUGUGGCUUUGUGGAUGAAGAAUAUGCCGCAAGGGAAAUGGCCAAACUGGGCGGUCGGAGACCCCAACAGUGCUCGAAUUUCCUCUCGGAUUGGGAAGGAAUACAUAAAUGUUAUCAACAUGCUUCUUUUAACGCUUCCGGGAACAACUACCACAUAUUAUGGCGAAGAAAUAGGGAUGGAAGAUUCCACAUCAGAAACAGCAACUUUUCCAGAAAAGUCACCCAUGCAAUGGGAUGAUAGUCUUCAUGCUGGCUUUAGUGAGGGUAACUCAACCUGGAUAUCUGUAAAUCCUGAGUAUCCAAAUAUAAAUGUGAAAGUUCAACAGGGGCAACCAAAUUCUACACUGAACUUGUAUCGAGAUCUCAGUUCUCUUCAUACCAAUGAGCUUCCUAUUCUUAGGGGAUGGAUGUGUUAUGUUUGGAAUGACAGCAACGUCUUUGUGUAUGUCAGAGAACUGGAUGGGUUAGAUCAAGUGUUCAUGAUGGUCCUAAAUUUUGGACUGGCCACCACAACAGAUCUGCAGGCUUCAGUUCCUGAUCUUCCCUCAGACGCUACUGUAAGGCUAAGCACCAACUUUGGCAACAGUGGUAAAGUUGUAAAUACCAAAACUAUCAAAACUGAAAAGGGUGAAGGACUCAUACUGGAAUACAGGACAAGCACACCAGUCCACAAGAUGGAAACUUUCAAAGAGAAGUGUUUUGUUGCAGAAAAGGCAUGCUAUUCUAAUGCCUUCAAUUUACUCUAUAUGUAUUGCUAAGUGGUAAUGAUUGUUUAUUCCAAAUCCAUGAGUUGUAAUUUCUUUACAAAAGGGGAGAGGUGAGCUUG